CAUUGUAGCGAGGCAAAUCUGUGUUCCAUUUAACAUGUGCUCUCUCAUUUUAUUAAGUUUGUCUGUAUUUAUGUUUGAAGUUUGUUCUGCUAGCAUUUGCUUCUGGAACAGUGGGUGCCCUUAUAAUUAUUUUGCGACCGCUACUCCUUAUAAUGUUGUAAGGGGCGACAUACGAGAUUCAAGAAUAAAAAUUAAAUCUUGUGAAGCAGUAAGCAUUUGGGGUUUAUUUCGUCAUGGGAAAAGUAACCCUGACCUUGAUACGGCAAAAAACAUGAAGAAAGUCAUUGCUACUAGACAUUUUUUGGAGACAAGUUAUAUCAAUGGAAAUUGUUCACUUUGCGCUCAAGAUGUAGAAAAUUUAAAAGACUGGCCGAUCGAUGAUAAUUUGUUUGAUAAACCAAAUAGCGUUGCUGAUGAGGGUUAUAAAGAAAUGUUAGGUAUUGGCAGAAGAUUAAAGCAAGCAUUUCCCAAGUUGCUAGAAAAGUCGAAAGAUAUUCAGUACAUAAUCCAAUUAUUUGAUAGUAAUGAUGCAGUAAUGAAAGAUAGCGCCAAAGGAUUGAUGGAAGGCUUAAAAUCUGGUUCAAAUUUAGAUUCUUUAACAAGUUUAUUCACCGAUUCCAAGUGGUGUAAUAAGAAAAAUAAUACACACGAUAUUAUUGAAUCAUUAAAAUAUCAUGGCAGUUCAGAUUACCUAAUCUUAAAAGACAGAAUUCAAAGACGCACUGGUAUCAACUACGAUUUAACUGAUGAAGACAUUUUAUCUCUGUACAACUUAUGUCGCUAUAGUUCAUCUGGGUUUGAAAAAAAACUGAGCCCCUGGUGCGCUAUUUUUACAACGAAAGACUUACAAGCUCUUGAAUAUAUGGAGGAUUUACAUAAUUAUUAUAAAGAUAGUUACGGUACGCCAAAGAACGACAUUUUAGGUAGAAUUCCCCUGGCAGACUUAUUUGGUAAAUUUGAACAAGUUAAACUUGGAAAGGGGAAAAGAAUGGUGGCUUAUAUUACGCAGGCUUCGACAUUAUCUAUGGCGUACACAGCAUUGGGCUUAUUCAAAGAUAAAGAACAACUCACGGGCGCGUAUAGAAAUUCUGAGAGGCAGUGGAGAAGUAGCAAAAUAACAGCGUUUUCGGCGAAUUUUAUUGCAGUUUUAAACAGAUGUGCAAUCGAUGAAGAAGAGGAUUAUAAUGUUAUAUUCUAUUUAAAUGAGGAACCCUUAAUGUCAAUAUGUGAAGAUGGUAUUUGUUCAUGGCAAGAAUUUGAAGAAAAGUUUAAAUCCUUCACCAACAGCUCUGCAGGCUGUAACGACUUUUAAAUUUGACGCAAUGAAGUGUUCUAAUAUUUACUUCUGGUACAAGAAAUUAA